AUGGGAGUGAAAACCUUCCAGCAAAAUCAAUCAGCUUUGUGUUCUUCGGUCACUGCUGCAACCCUUAAACCCAUCAUUCCAUUUUUCUUUCUCGGCCGCCGGGAAAACCCCAAGUUACGGCGAGUCUCAUCCUUCGAGUGCUCUCUGCAAGAUUCGGCAUCUCAACUCGUCGGUGUUCAAGUUCCUCCUUUUGAUUCUAGGUAUUUGGAUGAUUUACUGUUGGUAUCAUUUCGGGUGUCUUUGCUUCGAACUGGCUUUUUGCGAUGGUUCGGUUUAUCUGUUGUUGCGUUGGGAUUUUUUAACAUACUCUUAUUGCUUAUUGUGAUUGCAAUGGUUGAGUACCUUCUAGAGUUGGUUGUUUGGGAGGAAUUCAUGGAAACACAAUCAGAUGGUAAUGAGGACACUAUAGCUGCCAUUAAAGAUAUGAGACAACAGCUUGAAGCUCGCAUAGAGUGCCAACACAAGGCUCACAUGGAGAUGCUUGCUUCUAUACAAGCCGUAAUACCUAAUCUUGUUUCAUCCCUUGACCUUUCUCUCAAGGUUGUGUCUUCUUUCAACCAUCGUCCUUUUGCUCCUACACCUGCUCUGCCUCUGCCUGAUCCUAAAUUGAACCCCAAAAAACCUAUUGAACUAACUCACCGUUCCAAUUCUGAGUCCUAUGCUGAUGGCUCUACUGAAGCUGACUUGACAAACUCCAAGAAUCAAAAACUCAAAACAUCUGUCGAUUCAAACCAAGCAUGUCAAGUAGAUUCUGAGAAGGUUAGUCCAUUAGCGGUGGUUCGAUCACUGGUUGCUGUUUGUCUGUUAGGGCGAGUACCCUUCUCACCAAUUGAUUCGUCCACUGUGUCAAGGAAAUUGGAAAAUGAUCAGACGGUGACACCAGCGGAAAAGGCUGCGCUUCAGGAACUUGGAGGGGAUUCAGGGGCAAUACUGGCAGUGGAGAUAGCUUUAAGGUCAAUGGCAGACGAUACUGGUGGUGUUGAAGUGGAGGAAUUUGUGGUGAGUGGCAAGGCAAGAAUUAUGGUUUUGAAUAUAGACCGAACCCGACUUCUGAGAGAAUUGCCAGAAAGUGCACAGUAUCAGCAGCUUGAAUCAAGUUCUGGAGAUGGGAAUGUUAAUCAAAAUCAAGUUCAGCACAACAAUAACAGUGGUACUAAUAUGAAUGGUAGUUUGCUUGGGAUGGGAAGGCCAGUUCUGAGGCCAAUGUCUGAAAUGUGGAUACCCCAUGGGGACCCUCAUAUGUCAGGCUUGCAGCCAAUGUUUUCAGGUGGACCAAGGGGAGCACCCAGAGUAAUGGGCAUGAUGGGGACACAUAGAGGUAUGAGUAUUCCUUCAAUGCACAGACUCCCAUUGGUGCCAAAUGCACAAGGGAGUAGUCCUAAUGCAAUGUCACAAAAACCAAGAACUUUAGAGGAUGAUAUGAAAGACCUUGAGGCUUUGUUGAAUAAGAAAUCAUUUAAGGAGAUGCAAAAAUCUAAAACUGGUGAGGAGCUUUUGGACCUCAUUCACCGACCAACAGCAAGAGAAACUGCUGUAGCUGCUAAGUUCAAAACAAAAGGUGGUUCCCAGGUCAGGCAAUACUGUGACUUACUGACUAAAGAGGAUUGCCGACGUCAAUCUGGUUCCUUUAUAGCAUGUGAUAAGGUUCAUUUUAGACGGAUCAUUGCUCCUCAUACUGACAUCAAUUUAGGAGACUGUUCUUUUCUUGAUACUUGCCGACAUAUGAAGACAUGCAAAUAUGUUCACUAUGAGUAUGACCCCACACCUGAUGUGUCUCCAACAAUGAUGGGUGCCCCUCCUCCCAAACCGCUAAAGCCUCAGCGUGCUGAAUAUUGUUCUGAAGUGGAACUUGGUGAACCACAAUGGAUCAACUGUGAUAUACGAAACUUUAGAAUGGACAUUUUAGGUCAAUUUGGAGUAAUAAUGGCAGAUCCACCAUGGGACAUUCACAUGGAACUGCCUUAUGGAACAAUGGCUGAUGAUGAAAUGCGCACUCUUAAUGUCCCUGCUUUGCAAACCGAUGGGCUUAUUUUUCUAUGGGUCACUGGACGUGCAAUGGAACUUGGACGGGAAUGCUUGGAACUUUGGGGAUAUAAACGUGUUGAGGAGAUUAUUUGGGUGAAAACAAAUCAACUUCAGCGAAUAAUCAGAACUGGUCGAACAGGUCACUGGCUCAAUCACAGUAAGGAACAUUGUCUUGUUGGAAUAAAGGGUAAUCCUGAAGUAAACAGGAACAUUGACACAGAUGUUAUUGUUGCUGAGGUCCGGGAAACAAGUCGGAAGCCGGAUGAGAUGUAUCCUAUGCUGGAGAGGAUAAGUCCAAGAACAAGAAAGCUAGAACUAUUUGCUCGCAUGCACAAUACUCAUGCUGGAUGGAUGUCUCUUGGUAAUCAAUUGAAUGGUGUAAGGUUGGUUGACGAGGGGCUGCGAGCUAGGUUUAAGGCUGCUUAUCCAGAUGUGGAGGUGCAGCCACCAUCACCUCCCAGAGCUUCUGCUAUGGAAGUAGACACUAAUGUUGCUGCUCACACGAGGAUUCCAUUUGCAGCCACAGAAUCAAAGUCCAAUUCAACUCAGUUCGCGGAGCCUGCAGCAGCUCCAGAAAAUUCCUUUGCUUCAGAGGAUAAGUCAAUGGCCAUUGAUGUUGACAUCGGUUAA